CAUUUUCAGUGACGGGAUUUUGUUUACUUUUUUGCCGGAGACGAGUUUUUCUCAAAUUACGAAAAAUAUUUUUAGGUAAAAACUAUUCUUUUCUAAACAUAUUUAACAUUGAAAUUAUCAUGGGUUUAAUCGAGGAUGAAGUAGAUGAAGUGUCCCGUUUAUGUGGAAACGUACUGGCUCAAUCAAAGCUAAUAACCUGCAUGAGCUCUCUUAUUCGCGUCGAUAUUAAUCAAACUGAAUCUCGUCAGCUGACCGCAUGCUUGCGCUUCCCCGCCGAUUACCCUCGGAGCAAGCUUUUGCUGGAAUUCAAAAGCAAAACAAUGUCCCUGGCGUUUCUGGAACGGUUUACCAAGAUCUGUGAUGAAAAAGCGACAGAAUUCGUCGGCAAACCCCAGGUGAUGCAGGUACUAAAGUUCGUAGAUGCCUAUCUUCGGGAUAAUCCGCUUUGUAUCGUAACGGAAGAGAUCUUCAACAUUAAGAAACUGCUGGAAGGAACGCCAGGAGAGUUGAAACCAAGACAGAAAACAUCCUCCGUUGGUCUAACGGCUAAAGGCGGUUCGUUCUACUUUUCGGCAAAGUUCUACGUUCCAGAACUGUACCCCGUUCAAAGGAUUGAUUGGGAAAAUUGCGAUUGCAAUCUUCCAUUACCGUUGGUUCGAUUUGUUAAUGGACAAGCAAAAGAAAUCGCCAGGCAGUGCGUUGAACCUCCGCUAAGGCAGUCGAGCGCAAAUCAGGUGUUCAUACCUAAACCAAGCCUUGAACGGACUCUCCGAUUCAUCGUAGAAGCUAUGAAAGGAUUCCCUGAGGAACGAUGUCCAGCCUGCGGUGAACUUUCGCUUCCGGAGGACUCCACAGAUGUGGUAAUGUCCGAAGACGAUGGCCGAUACGUAAUUCGGAUGUUUUGCGGUCACGUCUAUCAUCAGGCUUGCCUAAGGAAGUUCAUGAGUGAACCUCCGUUUCCCCCGGGUGGUAAAAUAUGCCCGGCUCCAAAGAAGCAUCCCCGCUCGGACAGAAGGGCCGGGUCUGGAAAACCAGCAUUAAGUAGCGGCAACGAGCUCUGCGAACAGAGGGUCACGCACGAUAAAUGGGGACUGAAUGAUAUAAAAUCGGCGGAAGCUAAGUGGGCUCACCAACAAGCAAGGAUUCGAGAACUGGAAGAAGUGAUUGAUUUUCUUCAAUAGUUGGUCUGUGGUGGACUAUCCAAAUCAAAAUUGGCAUGUGAUUCUCUAAAGAGGAAGUCUCAAAAUAGGGAUCGGUUGAUCGUCCCCAAGUAAUUAACAAUCAAACUGGAUCUGAGAGAUGAAUAAACUAAUCUAAACGGUUUUGAUAUGUGGUGCACAAAUGGGAUGCUUGCACUUCUGGUAUAUACAAAAUACACCUGCUUUAGCAGCAACGAUAUUGUACUAUAUAUAAUAGCCUGAUUAAGGUCUUACGUUAAAUACACGUAGUGA